UUUUCAUCAACAACAGCGAGUCAGUCACUUCAGUAGCUUGCUAGGCGACAUAGCCUAAACGUUCAAGCUUUUUAGACUAUUUCAGUGCGUAUUUGCCUAUGUGUUUUAAACAUACUUCCGUUUUAUAGCUAGUUGCCACAUUUAUUUUCAUAUUUACAUUGUUAGUCAGGCAGAUGCCUUAAAUUUGCCUAGCGCUAGCCUAGUCGCUAAUGCUAACUAGCUAGCUAACAUCCCCGACCAUGAGUUCACUAUUCUACUCUCCUCACGCUAAAGAAGAGGUCUACUGGACGGAGAAAGAGGGUCUGUGGCUGAACAUUGUCGAGAAAGAGGAGAAGGAAGAAGAGGAUGUCACAGUAAAACAAGAAGUAGAGAAUGAGGCUGUUACCCUGAAAGAAGAAGAGAAAGACGUUACAGUGAAAGAAGAGGAAGAUGCCGUUUUUGGAGUGGAGGGAGAGAUAACUGUCACAUUGAAGGAGGAGAAGGAAGAACAAGAACAGGAGGAGGAGACAGGCGAUCUGAUUAAGACCAGAGAGGGACCAGACUCUCACUCUGACAGCGGGAAGAGUCCUUCAGGGGAACCAGACCCAGAGACCUCCAAACCAGCAAGACAACACCUCUGUUCCCAGUGUGAAAAGAGUUUUAAGUGUUAAGGAACCUGAAAGUACAUGAGAGAACGCACACAGGAGAAAACCCUUACGAUUGCUCCCGCUGUGGAAAGAGUUUUACCAAGUUAGGGAACCUAAAAGAGCAUGAGAGGACACACACAAGAGAAAAGUGUUUCCAAUGUUCCCAGUGUGGAAAGAGGUUUACCCAGUUACGGUACCUGAAACAACAUGGAGAAAUACACACAGAAGAUAGGAAGACCUACCACUGCUCUCAGUGUGGAAAGAUAUUUACUGGGUUAGGGAACCUG